UUUCUGUUGAUUUUUCUUUCAACAUAGAAAAAUUACGAAAGAAGUAAGGAAAUUAUUGCGUACUAGAAACCCUAAAAUUCUUUUACACCCCUUCUGUCAAUGUCACAAAACUUCUAGUCAUAUAGCUACUCUUUGGUACAGUGCUCUAGUGCUCUUUGGUAAAAGCAGUAAUAGAGAACGUGAGAACGAUCCACCCACGGGCCUGCCUGGCCUGCUGGUUAAAAAAGUAACAGCAGUCUUGAAAAAAGAGAUGUAAUUAUUCCUGAAACCACCUAAAAGUAUCAAGAUGCUGCGAGCACAAGUAACACCUCCGGAGUGCGCUCUCGCCGCAGAAAUGUUUGAUCACUUUUGUUCGGCAGGCACCAUGAAACAAAUCUUGGCACUACAUCGGGAAAUAUGUAACACGCUCAAUCUAAAACCUAACAGGCUGCCCGACUUCUACCCUAAAAUAAAGGCGAAACUGGCAAAUUCAUGGAAGGCUCAAGCUCUGUUCAAGAAAUUCGAUCUCCGAGCGAAUCACAAGGUGUACGGCAAGGGCAGGAUAUGCGCGCAGACCAAAGUUCUCAUCAUCGGCGCUGGGCCGUGCGGUUUACGAGUGGCCAUUGAAUGCCAACUUUUAGGCGCCAAAGUGGUCGUUGUUGAAAAGCGCGAUCGUAUGUCACGUAAUAAUGUACUGCAUCUGUGGCCGUUCGUCAUACAAGAUCUGCGCGCGCUGGGCGCUAAGAAAUUCUUCGGAAAAUUUUGCGCCGGUUCCAUAGAUCACAUCAGCAUACGACAAUUGCAAUGCAUUCUUAUGAAGGUAGCGUUACUUCUUGGCGUAGAAUUACACGAAGGUGUCAGUUUUGAGGAGUUACUGGAGCCAACUGUCGGACGUCACGGCGAGAGGUUGGGUUGGAGGGCGCGGGUAUCACCGGCCGAGCACCCAGUGUCGCAGUACGAGUUCGAUGCCCUGGUGGGUGCGGACGGCAAGCGCAACACACUACCCGGCUUCAAGCGCAAGGAGUUCCGUGGCAAGCUCGCUAUGGCGAUCACUGCAAACUUCAUCAAUAGACACACAGAACAAGAAGCAUCGGUACCGGAAAUAAGCGGGGUUGCCUUCAUUUUCAAUCAGAAAUUUUUCAAAAAACUAUUCGAAGUAACCGGAAUCGAUCUUGAGAACAUCGUGUAUUACAAAGACGACACGCACUAUUUCGUCAUGACGGCGAAAAAACACAGUCUUUUGAACAAAGGAGUAUUAUUAAAUGAUUACGCAGAAGUAUCUCGCUUGUUGAGCGUAGAGAACGUGGAUCGCACCGCUCUGAUGAAAUACGCCCAAGAGGCUGCACGCUUCUCUACCUGCGGUCUGCUGCCCCUCGUAGACUUCGCCCUGAAUCACUACGGGGAGCCUGAUGUCGCACUAUUCGAUUUCACCUCCAUGUAUGCUGCUGAGAAUGCCAGUAUUGUGUACGAGCGUCAAGGGAAACGACUUCUUUGUCAACUGGUAGGCGAUAGUUUACUGGAGCCAUUUUGGCCGACUGGGUCCGGCUGCGCUCGGGGCUUCCUGUCUGCGUUGGAUGCCGCGUGGGCCGUGCGCUCGUGGGGACAAAUUCCAGCCCCACAUCCCUUGGAAGUGAUAGCAGAGAGGGAAUCAAUAUAUCGACUAUUAGCACAAACGACGCCUGAGAACUUACACCGUGACUUUGGUGCGUACACACUGGACCCCGGCACGCGGUACCCCAACUUGAAUAGAACCGCGGUAACUCCACAUCGCGUUACCUCCUUCUAUGACUGUGAUGAAGCUGUGCAGUUGGACGCCGCCAUCGGCACCAGGAAGCGACGUCGCGAGAUGGAUAUAUCUGAGGGGGCGUUGAUAUCGUGGGUGGGAUGCGCGGAGGCGGAUCUAGCGAGUGCGGUGGGUGCGCAGGCGCUUGCCGACCUUGUGCGCCGCUAUCGACCCGAUCUCAUGCCGCCCAGCGCACCGCCCAAUGCCGUCUAUCAUGUUUUACAACAAGAGUUUGGCAUUACGCCGUUUUCUUCUACUGGUGCGGCGUACGAAGUUCCCGAAGCGAAACUACGCUCGUAUUUAGCUCGUGUUUACCUCGCGUUCAAAGGCGAAGUGCCCCAUGUACAUCACAAAUAUGAUGUCUUUGAACAGAUCAAAAAAAGCCAACAGAAAGAGAAGCAUGCCCGAAAUACGACGGACCAUUCGGUUUCUGUAUAUUCGAAUGCAGCCGAUCUCGAUAAAUCUACCUUAAGCUCCAGAAAAAAACGCCGCUCCACACGCUCAUCCCAAGUAAGUAACGAUCCCGCAGAAUAUAUUAGAAAAAAGAUUGGCAAAUUAGAUCUUAACGAUAUCACACAAUUAGCACGACUUAUAGAAGGCCACGAUGAUAUAAAAAACGAAAUCGAUCACUCAGAGAAACAAAAAGAUAUACAGGAGCAAAUACUAGCAUUAUUCGACACUGAAGAUUCUGUAGAUCCCAGAAUGGUAAGAGAUUCCCUCGUCCAACUACUCCAAGGUAAUACGAAUACUCGAAUAAAACAAAAGGGAUCCAAACAACCCAAUUUAAAUGACUUCUUCCAAGAAAAAGGAGCAGAGUCAAAACCCUCAAAACCUCGUCGAAAACUAAAAGGCUUAGCCAGCGACACUAUCAAAGUACCUGACUUCUCAGACAUAUUUAAAGAUGAUUCUGCAGAUACUGAUACGACUGCUGUAAAUGUAGAACAAUCAAAGAAGAAAGACUUGAUUCGGUCUUGUUCGACGGAGAAUGAAAGCAACCAAAAAUGUACGCGAUCUGCGUCCGUUGAAAGUAGCAUACCCCAAACAAGACGAAUGUCGGAAAUCAUCGAUCUUAAUAGAAAGAGAUAUUCACCAAGCCCCGAAAUGCCUUUGUCAACUCGCUCGAAUUCCAUUGGCAGUUUAGAAAGCUCGUAUAAUAAAAAAAGAAUAGCUGAAAUUUUUGAUGCCCGAAAAGGUAGACACACGGCUAGUCCAGAAGCUCGGUCUGUCCGUUCAGGUUCCAGCGGCAACAAAGAGAUGGCGCUGAGAUUGCAGAGAAUGACUGAUAUCAUAGAAGGUAAACGUCGUGACACGCCAAGUCCUGAUCGUACCAAAAGACUGGAGUCUAUCGGCAACCCAGAGAUGGCUUUACGGAGGCAAAAAGUCGCCGAUCUCAUUCAAGGUAUUAAGCCCAGAGAAAGUCCUGAACCGCCGCAAAGAAGGAACUCUGGUGAUAUGGCCUUUAGAAUGCAAAGAGUAUCUGAUAUGAUGGAAAAGAGAAAUGCUCAAGCAAAAGUACCAAAAAGUGUCGGAAGAAGGAAAGCCGCUCGUGAAAUAAUGAAACAGCGAUUCGAAAAGAGUUUACAAAUGUUAGCAGCGGAGCCCAGGCUGGACUUUGCCCCAUCCGCAGAUCUGGAACACGACUAUGGUCUUCAACAGUACAGAGCCAGCGCGCCGCACUUCGACGAGCGCGUUAAGAAGCUAGAGAAACAGUUGCAGCAUUAUGAAGAGGGACGAGUGGUGGGAGGAGGGAGGGCUGUCGGCGGUGGUGCUCACGUGGCUCGCCUGGCUGCGGAGCUCUCCCACGCCAACCCCUCCACUGCAACGCCUAAAGCAACCAAACCCAAAGAUUUGAUAAGAUCUGUUGGAAAAAUUGAGAAAGACGAUUGGAACGUUAAGGAAAUUGAGAAAAAGAUCAUGGAAAAUCGCCUCGGUAGACCUGAACCGAAAGCUGCUGAGAAAGUUCCGAAAUGGGAUAGAGAAGAAUUUCUUAAACGGCAACGUCGCUUGAAAGAAGGUGAACAGUAUGAUGAGAAAUGGGAAGAUAUUGAUGAAACCAUCAACAAAUUUAACCAGAAGGUGAAAGAUUCGGGUCGUCCUGAACAAGGCAAUAAAAGGGUUGCCAGUUUAGCAACAAAGUUUGUGAAAAAAGAGGAGCCGGAUACUGAUAAAGCAGAAUCAAAAGAUACGCAAAGCAAGCGAAGUUGGCGCGGUCCCUCGGCGCCGGGCAUCCAGUGCGUGGCUUGCGGCAGGCGAGUCUUCGCUGCAGAAGGCGUUGUUGCGGAUGGCCUGCAUCUACACAGGUCCUGCUUCCGAUGCGCUGUCUGCUCCACAGUCUUAAGGCCUGGAAACUAUGCUAUGGAGCGGUACGGCAAUCGUUUAGUGUGUUUGCGGCACGCUGGUGUCUCAGUUCCCGAUACGGUAGGCGGAGCUGAGAGUACGAAUGUGAUGACACAGCCGUCAAAAUCUCAAGCUGUCCUCUCUACUCCUGAGCGAAUCAGUCUUGAGCUAUCAGACGGUGCUGCGAGAGAAAUUGACGAAGAUGAAUGGACCGACAGGAACUGUCUUGCAUCAGAAACAUCUGCUGCCGGUGGUCUUAGCGACGAAAAGGCUUCAUCCGAUGAAUGGACAGACGUGGAGAGCGACGGAGAAGAGGAGGCGCGGGCGCUGCAUUCCCCGCGGCCGUCGCGCGAUCCCGUGAACAUACAUGAUCCGUCUGAUCUCGCCUUUUAUUCUUUUCUAUCAGACGAUUCUUUUGGCUACGACGAUAAUUCUGAUGAAGGUGCGGAGUCAUCUGGCAACGAGUCGUGUUCGCGCAUGCGCGAGGCGCGUGAGGCGCGGCGGCGUGAGGUGCCGGCGGACAAACGCCCGCCCACCGACAGCAGCGAGGUGGAGUCUGAAGAUGAGAGUGAAUCAAGCGAUGAUGAGGUAUCCUCGGCAACGGAAGUAUCAACAGAUAGUGAGUUUGCACGCGAAGAAUGCGCUCCGGCGCCCUCUCCUCCUGCUAUUCUUGUGACAGAAGCACCACCGCCGGCUCCACCUCCUCCUCAAGAAUACCCCCUCAGCAGAACUCGAUCAGCUGGUGGGUUGGCCACUAAACGUGCCUUAGAGUUAAAAAGGAGGUAUUUGUUAGGAGAACCAUCACCGCCGGCGGUUAGGAAAUCAGACUCUACUUCUCAGUUAGAUACUAAACUUGAAGCUUUUCGAUCAAACAUAACCGAAUUUCAAAAAAUGUUACACCCUGCCCCCGUACCAACAUCUCAAGUCCAACCUCAGAAACCAAUUGUUACUUUUCGUUUGACUGAGGAAACGCAAAACAAAAUUCAACCUAUGCCAGAUAUAAUCAAGAACUUACAUACCGAUGCCCCAGUUGACUUGCUUACAAAAGGUGAUUUGCCACUAUGUAAAAAUGAUUGGAGGGAACCAAUAAAUGAAGAUAAAAGGGAACCUGAUCUGGAUUCUGAUUCUUUAUCCGAUGAUGAUGCUUCUAAUACAGAGACGGCUCCAAACCAACCGGUCCCUCGGGUGGAAGUCCACGACGAAGGCGGAGAAUUAAUACAACUUGAUAGCUUAAUGAUUAUAAAUACUGAGAUUGAUGAUAUUAAUGAAAAAAUAUCUACUACAGCUGUAUCGGUGGAACCUACAAUAAUUGCUGCUGAAUCAGAAUCUUCAGAAUCUUGUCGUGAUGUUACCACUCUUGCAUUGACUGAAACAGAACUGUCAGAUUGGGCGGCUGAAAGUGCAGUGUUAGAUGAUUGUGGUAUAGACGACAAAGAAAAUAAAAGAAAGCAAAACCCUAGGACAUUAAGUGGUCCAAAAUUAGUACACGAUGCUAAAAAUAUUGCAGCUAUUAGUUCACAUGUUUGCGGUCGAAGUAGUCCUUUAGAUAAAAUUGUAUAUUCUAAUGCUCUCGAACAUUUCGAGUUUGCUGACGAAGGCGACCAAGAUCCUUCGAUUGGUUCGCCGGUUACACCACGGAAUGAAGGCUAUAUGGAAUUAGUUGACGAUAAGGUAGAGGUCGAACCAUACUACCCAAAUAACGAUCGAUCAAUGAACUUUUUUGAACAAGCUUUUACAGAAAGACUAUUUAAACCUACGGGUAUUGACAUUUGUAGAGAAAACUUGAGAAAUGAUUAUUCUGAUGUCAUUGAAUUUAUAGAUAAAGAUGACUCACAAGAAGACAGCGUGCCAAAAGAGCAAAACUCUUCUAACACUACUGAACCAGCACAAAUUGAAAUUAGCGAGAAAUCUAGUACUGAAAAUACCACGCUUAGCUUACAACAGAAUACAGAGAAAACUAAAACAGCUGAAGAUAGCACACCUACUAGCAAUAAAGAAUUAAAUACAGUACUUAGUGACGUUGCAUCUAUUAGUUUAUCGGAAGUAUCGUCUGCUUUAGAUAAAAUUCAUUCAGAGGCAGAAAAAGCUAACAGUUCGGUUUCAAAGAACUCAGUAGACGAUAUAUCACCACCAUUAGCUCAAGACUUUAGUCUUUCCCGAGAUACUAUAUACAAUGGUAGCAUGAACACGCCUGUAUCAUAUGGCUCUAGUAAUACUAUACGAUUGUAUUCACCCGCAAUAUGCCGAUCAGUCACAGUACCAUUCAGUAGUUCUAUUACAAGAAGUGGUAACUCCGACUCACCAUGCCGUAGCAUCGAUUUGUCAAUAUCUGCUAACAUUAGUUCAGGCUCACUAUCGCCUGUCAGUCCUUCGCCUCUGCGAGACACAACUGUUAAAGUACAGGAAAUAAAAAGGGAAAGGGACGAACUUAACGAUAUAGUAAGGGGAUUAGUGCUAGGAAGAGUAAGGAGUGGUCCCCGGGAAGGGAAGAAGUCGUCUCGCAGAACUAGAGUCUCACCCGCUUCUAACAUACCGCCACCGAUCCCUCCGCCGCCUGUGCUGCCCGAGCAACCCUCUUCGCCACCGCCCCCUCCCCCACCUCCACCCACCUACAACUCACCUCCCCUGAGGCCGAUGCCGCCUCAAAUGUCUUUAUCUGUCUCACCAUCGCUGUCUGACCCAGAAUUGGCAACAGAAAGAAGGAGAAAAGGUAUCAUGAAGAGCAUUUCCAAUUACUUGAAUCGACGUCUUGGACCUCGCCAUAAGUGGGUCUCGGAGCCGGACCUGAUGUCGCACGGCAGCCGGCACGUCAGUCAGUCAGCGAGCGCUGCGCACAAAUCGACGGGGACACUGCAGGAGGCGCCGCCCGUG